UGUUGCUGACGUGUUAGUGACUACAGCAGACAAACUACGUCGAGUUUCUGACAGUGCGAAUUAUCAACAAACGUAUUAAAUAAGGAAAGUUCGGGGAAACACACUGUGCUCUAUGUUUCGGCUGCGCUCUUUUCCCAAAUUGACUCGCAGAUUUGCGAGUUUGUCUCUUCCAAAAACUCAAUCCACGACACUGCGUAAUGGCUUGACUGUGGCUACAGAGUACCACCCUUUCGCUCAAACAGCAACAGUACUCGUCGGUGUUGAUGCUGGUUCACGUGCUGAAAACGAGAAAAACAACGGUGCAGCUCAUUUCCUUGAGCAUCUCGCUUUUAAGGGCACGAAGAGCCGGUCACAACAAGACUUGGAGCUUGAGUUUGAAAAUGCGGGAGCACAUUUAAAUGCUUACACUUCUCGUGAACAAACAGUAUACUACGCGCACUCGUUUAAGGAUGAGGUCCCCAAGACAGUCAGUGUCCUUGCAGACAUUUUGCAGAAUUCGACCAUAUCAAAAGACGCUGUGGAACGGGAGCGUCAAGUAAUUUUACGCGAACAAGAAGAAGUUGACAAGGUAACAGACGAGGUUGUUUUUGACCAUUUGCAUGCUACUGCAUUUCAGGGACAAUCGUUGGGACGUACCAUUCUUGGUCCUCGAGAAAAUAUAGAAUCCCUGAGACGGGAAGACUUGUUGAAGUACAUUGCCGACAAUUACCGUAGUGAUCGCAUUAUCAUCGCUGGCGCUGGCGCUAUUCCUCAUGAACAACUUGUUGAACUUGCUGAAAAACACUUUUCCGGUUUGAAGCCAUCGGAUCACCCCGUUUCCAUCGGUUCUCCUCGUAGCCCCAAACCUAGAUUUGUUGGUUCCGAGGUUCGUGUCCGUGAUGACGAAAUGUCUACCGCCAACAUUGCUAUUGCCGUCGAAGGUGUUAGUUGGAAGGAUCCCGACUACUUUACAGCUUUGGUCAUGCAAGCAAUUGUGGGCAACUGGGACAGAGCUAUGGCAGCAGGCCCACAUAUGUCUUCGCGUCUUGGCGCCGUCGUCCAAAAGGAGAAGCUGGCCAACAGCUUUAUGAGCUUCAGCACUAGUUACAGUGACACCGGUCUCUGGGGUAUCUACCUAGUGUCGGAGAAUCUGCUUCGACUUGAUGACCUUGUGUACUUUGCUUUGCAAGAAUGGACAAAGCUGUGUAAUCCAUUGAGUGCAGAGGUAGAACGGGCCAAGGCUCAAUUAAAAGCCUCUCUGUUAUUAUCUCUUGAUUCGACAACAGCAAUUGCAGAAGACAUUGGUCGCCAACUUCUGACAACUGGACGCCGUAUGACGCCUGAGGAAAUCAGUAAAAACAUUGACUCAAUUACUGAGAAAGACGUGUCCCGUGUUGCUCAGAAUAUGAUUUGGGACAAAGAUAUUGCCGUUUCUGCUGUCGGUGCAGUGGAGGGUUUGCUUGACUAUAACCGUGUUCGCAGUGCGAUAUCUGCUAAUCGGUAUUGAGAAAUAGAUUUUGGACUCACAAAAUCUUUUCACAAGUCUAUUCCAAUUUUAUACGCGUUUUUUUUGCAAUUGUUAACAAACAGUGCUUUGAAAAUGUUUACAAUCUCAGCUUUUCACGUCCCAUACAGCUUUGUUCGUUUCCCGGUUGAAUUAAUUAAAAAGCUCAAGUGCUUAUAUCAUGGAACUUGAACUUGGUUAGAUAUUGAUUUUAUGAAAAGGAACAAUUAUGUG